AUGCUUUGCAACAACUGUGGUAAGAAGGGUCACCUGGAUCGAGGCUGCAAAAACCCAUCCCAAACAACCGAUCAAGCCUCUGGAGCAAGUGUUGGUCAAGCCUGCUACGGCUGUGGGGAAAUCGGACAUUACAAGAGGAACCGCCCCAAGGCAGCAACAACUGGCAACACCGGGAGAGUACUAGCUAUGGGACAAGGGGAGGCUGUGCCUGAACCUACCAUUGUUUCGGGUAUGUUCCUUCUCGACAACUCUUAUGCAUGCAUUCGUUUUGACUCAGGUGUUGAAAGAAGUUUUGUUAGUCACGCAUUCAAGCAUUUUCUUAAAUAUAAAUCCCAAAUUUUAACCGAAACGUUUACCGUCAAAAUGGCUAACGGUAAGAAGGAGAGCACUAAUGACAUAUUCAUGGGUUGUACCCUUACUUUGAACGAUCAUUCAUUUUCCAUGGAUCUUAUACCAGUCUCUAUAAAAAGCUUUGACAUCAUCAUCGGCGUGGAUUGGUUGAGCCCCAAUCGUGCUGAUAUCCUUUAUUUCAAAAAAUCUAUCCGUCUCAAUCUUUCCCUGGAUAAAACUCUUGUAAUCUACGGUGAUAAACUCAGUUCGAAUCUUCGCAACAUUUCGUGCAUCAAAGCCCAGAAACUCCUACGGAAGGAGUGUUAUGCAUUCCUAGCCCACAUCAUCAACGAGAAGCAGGAAGUUAAGGACCUCGAGAGCAUCCCCAAAGUCUACAACUUUCUUGAUAUUUUUCCCGAAGAUCUCCCGGGAAUCCCUCCUGAACGCCAAGUUGAGUUUCGCAUUGACUUAGUCCUCGGAGCUACUCCCGUAGCUAAAUCUCCAUAUCCCCUAGCUCCAGCAGAAAUGCAGGAGCUAUCUAGUUAG